CGUCGCCGCUCGCUCCGGGCGCCUCCUGCUCUGCACUUACGCGCUCGGCAGCUGCGGGGAGCCCGGCAGCCACGCUCUCCGGCUCGCCGCCCGCCGAGCCACCACGGCCGAGGGCCGGCUGCGGGGCGCCGCGGUCCCCGGCGGGCGCGCCCGAGCAGCAGGCGGCGAUGCGGGCGCCGACCCCGGCUGGGGGGCGCCCAAGCUGCCGCGGCUGCUCCCCGGCUCCAGCAGGGACCGCGUAGCUCGCGGGAGGACCAUGGCGUCCCCGGCGCUGGCGGCGGCGCUGGCGGUGGCGGCAGCUGCGGGCCCCAAUGCGAGCGGCGCGGGCGAGAGGGGCAGCGGCGCCAACGCCUCGGGGGCUUCCUGGGGGCCGCCACGCGGCCAGUACUCGGCGGGUGCGGUGGCAGGGCUGGCGGCCGUGGUGGGCUUCCUCAUCGUCUUCACCGUGGUGGGCAACGUGCUGGUGGUGAUCGCCGUGCUGACCAGCCGGGCGCUGCGCGCGCCACAGAACCUCUUCCUGGUGUCGCUGGCCUCGGCCGACAUCCUGGUGGCCACGCUAGUCAUGCCCUUCUCGCUGGCCAACGAGCUAAUGGCCUACUGGUACUUCGGGCAGGUGUGGUGCGGCGUGUACCUGGCGCUCGAUGUGCUGUUUUGCACCUCGUCGAUCGUGCACCUGUGUGCCAUCAGCCUGGACCGCUACUGGUCGGUGACGCAGGCCGUCGAGUACAACCUGAAGCGCACGCCACGCCGCGUCAAGGCCACCAUCGUGGCCGUGUGGCUCAUCUCGGCCGUCAUCUCCUUCCCGCCGCUGGUCUCGCUCUACCGCCAGCCCGACGGCGCCGCCUACCCGCAGUGCGGCCUCAACGACGAGACCUGGUACAUCCUGUCCUCCUGCAUCGGCUCCUUCUUCGCGCCCUGCCUCAUCAUGGGCCUGGUCUACGCGCGCAUCUACCGCGUGGCCAAGCUGCGCACGCGCACGCUCAGCGAGAAGCGCGCCCCCGUGGGCCCCGACGGUGCGUCCCCGACCACCGAAAACGGGCUGGGCGCGGCGGCAGGCGCGGGUGAGAACGGGCACUGCGCGCCCCCGCGCGCCGACGUGGAGCCGGACGAGAGCAGCGAGGCGGCCGAGAGGCGGCGGCGCCGGGGCGCGCUGCGGAGGGGCAGGCGGCGGCGCGCGGGCGCCGAGGGGGGCGCGGGCGCGGGCGGCGCCGACGGGCAGGGGGCGGCUGAGUCGGGGGCGCUGACCGCCUCCAGGUCCCCGGGCCCCGGCGGCCGCCUGUCGCGCGCCAGCUCGCGCUCCGUCGAGUUCUUCCUGUCGCGCAGGCGCCGGGCGCGCAGCAGCGUGUGCCGCCGCAAGGUGGCCCAGGCGCGCGAGAAGCGCUUCACCUUCGUGCUGGCCGUGGUCAUGGGCGUGUUCGUGCUCUGCUGGUUCCCCUUCUUCUUCAGCUACAGCCUGUACGGUAUCUGCCGCGAGGCCUGCCAGGUGCCCGUCCCGCUCUUCAAGUUCUUCUUCUGGAUCGGCUACUGCAACAGCUCGCUGAACCCAGUCAUCUACACGGUCUUCAACCAGGACUUCCGGCGAUCCUUCAAGCACAUCCUCUUCCGACGGAGGAGAAGGGGCUUCAGGCAGUGACUCGCGCCCGUCUGGGGAUCCUGGACAGCUCCACGCUCAGGGCUGGGCAGAAAGGGCGGCCCAGACGGGAGCUUUCCCAGAGACCCGGGGAUGGAUUGGCCUCCAGGGCGCAGGGGAGGGUGCGGCAGGGCAGGAGCUUGGCAGAGAGAGAGCCGGGCUCCGGGGAGUGGGGAGGAGAGAGGGGGAGACCCCUUUGCCUUCCCGCCUCAGCAAGGGGCUGCUUCUGGGGCUCCCUGCCUGGAUCCAGCUGUGGGGGCCCUGCCGAGGUGUGGCUGUGAGGUCAGGGUUUUAGAGAGCAGUGUCAGAGGUAGCUUCCUAAAUGGGCGAGCAAGGAGCCCCCCGAAACACACUACCACUCCCCAUCCCCGUCUGACCAAGGGCUGACUUCUCCAGGACCUAGUCGGGGGGUGGCUGCCAGGGGGCAAGGAGAAAGCACCGACAAUCUUUGAUUACUGAAAGUAUUUAAAUGUUUGCCAAAAACAACAGCCAAACCACCAAACUAUUUUCUAAAUAAACCUUUGUAAUCUAA